CCUGAGCAGGUGGUCCCCCAGAACUCAGAUUUUUUCCCCUCCUCCCCAGGACUGCGGCUCUGGGCAUGUCCUUUGGGCUGGUGGCCUGUGUGCUGGGGCUGGUGCUGGGACUGUGCUUUGCCGACGAGUUCCUGAGGUGCUGUCCAGCCCGGGGGAUGCUCCGGUCCAUCUCCGAGAGGGUGGAGACGCACCCCCUGCUGCGGCUGUCCCUGGUCGUCCUGACUGUCGGCAGCCUGCUCACCAUCGCCAUUGUCAACAUGCCACUGUUGCCUUCGCGGGCCCUGGGGCCACCUGCUGGGAAUGAGAGCAGCCUGAGCGCCACCCACGGUGGGGCAGGGACCCCGUGUGAGCUCCUCCAGGUGUGUGGGCUGGGCCUCACGUGGCCACUCUGAGCAGCGGGGGACAUGAAAAGCCACCGAUGCCCAGGGCCUGAGCCUCCGGUGUGGAAGGGCCGAGCCCGGCCUCUCCCAGGAGUGUGGGGGAAGCAGAGGCCACAGGGGCUGCGUUGACCUUGGUCUGGGACUCCCUUGGCCCGGGUGUGGGGGACACCCUGUGCUGGCCUGUGUGUCCUAACCGCUCACUCUGUGGCAGGCCUGAGGGGUUGGCUGGUUUGCCUGCCAUGUGGCCCCAGGCAGGCGGUCAGAAGCAGUGCGGGAGCGCCCUGCCCGACAGCG